CAUGUUUGUCUUAUCUCUACCUGAUAAAAGGGCAUUUCGUCCGAUUCUUCAUUUGUAGGCGCUGCAGUUAAACGAAUUGAAAGAAUGCGUACCAUUGCACGGUUCCCUCAAUAUAUUAAAUUUAUUCUAAAAUUAAAUAGCAUUUGUAAAUUUAUAGGAUGAUUAUAGCCAUUUUCAACCAAGAUCAGAACACUUAAGACAUUUUCCUGUAGAACUGAAGACACUUUGAGGUAUUCGGACAUUUUGUUUAGGUUGCAGUGAUGGCUGCGCUAAGUGGUUUUGUCGAAUUUUUCCAGAAAGGAAAGUUAAAUUCAAAGCAAACAUUCAGGCCACGCAAGAAGCUGCCACCAGGCACUCUAAAGUACAGCCUACACAAGCAGGCACAAGCCUCCCUCAACUCUGGCAUCAACCUGCGCAAGGUUGUCAAGCUCCCGCCCAAUGAAGACCUCAAUGACUGGAUUGCAGUGCAUGUUGUUGAUUUCUUCAACCGUGUCAACUUGAUCUAUGGGACAAUUUGCGACUACUGCACACCAACGUCUUGCCCCACAAUGAGCGGUGGGCCGAAGUUUGAGUAUUUAUGGGUGGACGGCAAAUCUUACAAGAAGCCCACUGCCCUGCCUGCUCCUCAGUACAUCAGCCUCCUCAUGGACUGGGUUGAAGCACAAAUAAACGAUGAAAAAGUAUUCCCUGUGACUGUUGAUGUGCCAUUCCCUAAAAGUUUCAUGUCGCUCUGCAAGAAAAUCCUGAGUCGUCUUUUCCGGGUGUUUGUGCACGUCUACAUCCACCACUUCGACAGGGUCGUGGCCAUCGGCGCCGAGGCGCACGUCAACACCUGCUACAAGCACUUCUACUACUUCAUCUCAGAGUUCCAGCUCGUGCCGCCCAAGGAGCUCGAGCCCCUCAGCGACAUGACGGCCAGGGUGUGCCAUGAGAGCGAGCCUGACUUCGAGUGACGUGUGGCGUGACGUGAGCCUGACUUCGAGUGACGUGUGGCGUGACGUGAGCCUGAGUACUAGUGACGUGUGACGGCCUGGCGUGACGUGAGCCUGGGUACUAGUGACGUGUGACGGCCUGGCGUAACGUGAGCCUGAGUACUAGUGACGUGUGACGGCCUGGCGUGACGUGAGCCUGAGUACUAGUGACGUGUGACGGGCUGGUGUGACGUGAGCCUGGGUACUAGUUGUGAGUGAGUGUCAUGUCGUGUGUAACGUUAGCAAAUUAUGUUAACCAGUCCAUGUUUCAUCGAAUCUGUAUCUUAAAAAUAUGAACAAGUCUGUUGGGCCUCCACGUUGGCUUCUUCGAGUGUUGCGCUAGACGCUGCCGUGUUGUGCCGCCACCUACAGUAGAGGUAGCGAUGGUGGACAAUGAGUCAAAUAUUCAACUGACGCCCUGAAGGUACAGCUUCAACUUAUACCGUGAAUUUAUGGCUUCUACUUGCACCCUGAAGUUAUACCUUCAACUUGCAGCCUGAAGUUGCACCCCAACUUACAUCCUGAAGUCAUACUCCAAAAUUAAACUUACACCCUUUAUUUACACUUCCAACUUACAUCUUCGAAUUCACACCCCAAUUUGAAAUUAUACGCUGAAGUUACACCCCAACUUAGACCUCCAACUUGGACCCUAGAUUCGUCCUUAGAAGUUAUAGCCUAGACGUUGACAAUGAAGAUCUUUUAUAGUAUUUAUAUGAUUUUUCCUAGCUUUUGGUUCUAAAAAGUAUUACGAUGAAUUAUUUCUAAUUCUUAUGAAUAUUAUAUAAUAGAAUAAUGACUACUGAUGUGUUCAUAGCAUUCAUAGUAUCUCAUGCGUUUUGUUAUUGGUGUUGACCUCUUAAUAGAAGAGUGACCUGCUGUGUGCACUUGAUUCGAGCUUUUAUUAAACUGAUUAAUUUUAAUUUAAUAUUAAUGUAAAGUCUUCUUGGUUUUAUUAUGAAUCGUGCGUUCUAAUUCUAGUUCGACUGGUAUUGCUUUGCCACUUCCCUACGCGACAUUCCGAUGGCCAAGGUCUGUGUCCUGGCGUUGUAGUUGUAGUUAAAUAUGUUUUAUUUUAGCGUGAACAAAUCUUGACGUACUUUGUACAAUAUAUGUGUACGUCAGUACGUUAUAUAGACGCUGUUACGUACUCUAAGCGUUGUAAUCACGCUGUGACACUUAUGUGUUCAGUUCUUGAACGUUAAAAACCAUGUUCAGAGAUAGCCGUCUAUCUUCAGAGUCGUUAACCUCUGUUUAUUAUUAUGUGUUCAACAAGCAUACGCUUUUAAUGCAGUUCAAAAAGUUCGUAAAAAUCAGCCUUCGCUCGUGUGUUGCGAUUUUCGUAGUCUUCGUUACAAAUCCGUCGUAUUUUAGUGUGCAAUGUUCGCAUUGUUUGUACACACGAAACUUGUUUAAUGACGCUAUAAAGAAUCUCUUAAGUUUUAUCGUACAUUAUAUUUGUCCCAUUUUAAUGUCAGAUUAAUAUAAUAUAUUUUGGUGUCAUUAGAAUCGUGUAGAAAAAGUUGCUCUGCAGGUCAUGAAAAUGUGAAAUUUUAAAUGAAGCUGCAAGCUGUCAUAUGUUUACGCUGAAAUAUAAAUCAUAGUCGCGUUGCCUGUGGCCGCUGAUUGCUCAGCUUUAGGCGCGACUCCUGUGCAAGGCAAUGUUCUGCUAAUUAAUUUCUUGUUACCUUAAACUUCAUCUUUUCAGGAUUGUUAAUGUUUAGUUAUUGGUCGUUCUUUUUCAUUGAUAUUUUUCAACGCGAAUAAAAUUUGUAAUCACUAAC